AUGCCUCAGAGGAGGGCCCCAUCAACAUCGGCGGGCCGCAGCAGUUCACUGCUGAGCACUUCAGAGAUCCCUCAGUUCCAUUUGCCAUAUGAGGUGGUGCGGUUUGAAGCUGAUCUGAUGAAGGACCUUAGAGUGGCCCUUGAGAUGGGUCAUGGUGAGUAUGGACUGACCUCCAGCUCUCUGGAAGGUGAUGGCAUCCAGGCAUACUUCAUUGGCAUUGGUCUUCCACAAGCAAGUAAGUACAAGGUCUUUGAUGGCCUGAGCCUGGAUCGCAUCUUCGUAUCUAAAGACUUCUUGCCUUUUGUGGUCAAGGCCAGUAUAGCAGUCUUUUGUCAGAUAGAGCUGGCGAGAGAGGAGAAAUGUUAGUUCCUGCCCUUCCUGUCCUCUCGCGAGGUCAUCCUGAAGAAAGCCCAUGUGACCGGACUGCUGUUCUGCCGCACCGAACAGCUGGACAACGGCAGCUGGGUCGAGGAUGAGGAGCAGGUUGUCAAUCUCAAAGCCAAUUACAUCAUCAGCACCUUCGGAUCCAUGCUGAAUGAUACUACAGCUGAGAGGCCAUGGCUCCACCUCCAGCUGACUCCGGAGGUGAACGCUAAGACCAUGCAGACGAGUGAGCCGUGGGUGUUCGCUGGCGGAGAUAUCACUGGCCUGGCCAACAUCACCGUGGAAUCGGUCAACAAUGGCAAACAGACGUCCUGGCACAUCCACAAGUACAUCCAGUCUCUCCAUGAUGUCUCUGUAGAGUCCAUUUUGAGCCUGCCCCUGCUCUACAGUGUGGGUGAUUUACUGGACAUCAGCGUUGAAAUGUGUGGGCUGAAGUUUCCGAACUCAUUUGGCCUGGCUAGUGCUCCACCCAUCAUCACCACCACCAUGAUCCAAAGAGCUUUCAAAGAGGGCUAGGGCUUCACCCUCAUGAAAACAUUCAGACUUGACAAUGACUUGGUGACCAGUGCAUCUCCUCGUAUUGUCCGUGGCACAACAUCCAGACAUGGUCAAGUCUCCUUCCACAACAUUGAGCUCAUUAGUGAAAAAGCAGCUGCCUACUGGUGCCAGGGCAUGACCAGGCUAAAAAAAAAAAAAAAAAAACUCCCCCACAAUAUCACCAUCACCAGCAUUAUGUGCAGAUACAAUGAGGAUGACAAACUGGCCAGGAUGGCUGAGGCCUCCAAAGCUGAUGCUGUGGAGAUGAAUCUGUCCUGUCCACAUGGCAUGGGUGAGAGGGGUAUGGGACAGGCCUGUGGACAGGAUGUGAUUGCCAAAGCUCUGAAACACAUCGGGGCCUACCAGGAACUGGACAACAAGGAGCAGGUUCAGGCUCUUAUUGAUCCGGAGAUGUGCAUCAAUGGCAAUUGCUAUAUGACCUGCAGCGACUCUGGAUACCUGGCUAUUAAGUUUGACCCUGAGACCCAUCUUCCUGUAAUCACGGACAGCUGCACCGGCUGCACUCUCAGCCUGAGCGUCCGCCCCAUCAUCGACUGCAUCAGGAUGGUUACCAGGGCAACGCCGUACGUGCAAAGGGGCCUGCCUCCAGUUAGCCCCGUUUGCUAA